AUGACCAAAGCACCUGGGCUAGAAAUGCAGGACCAGGAGGUGCAAGCUGUAGAGCGCGAUGCUUUUUCAGAGCAUGACUUAAAGGCAGGCGCAGGUGUCGACGACAUUGACAUGCAGCGGAUGGGAAAGGCGCAGGAGUUCAAGAGAAACAUGCGACCUGUGGCAGCUUUGAGUUUUGCGUCGGUUUUGCAAGCGACGUGGGAGUUUAUUCUUAUCUCUAAUUACGAAGGGUUGUAUAAUGGAGGCUUACCAGGUCUCUUCUACUCCUAUCUAUGGACAUUCAUUGGAUUCGGAUUCAUCAUCGCCUCGAUCUCUGAAAUGGCAUCUAUGGCUCCGACUUCUGGCGGGCAGUAUCACUGGGUUUCGGAGUGGUCUUCGCCUCGAUACCAGAAGUUCCUGAGUUAUAUUACCGGCUGGAUGUCAGUAUUAGCAUGGCAAGCUGGCGCAGCCUCUGGCUCAUUCCUCACUGGAACUAUCAUCCAGGGACUGAUCAGCGUGCGGAACCCGGAUUACGAUCCGCAGGGCUGGCAGGGCACGCUCUUCGUCUUUGCGAUGGUAUUGGUGAUUUAUAUCGUCAAUGUGUACGGAUCUGACGUGAUGCCCGUACUGAAUAAUUUACUGAUGAUUCUCCACGUUGUAUCGUGGGCGGUUAUUAUAAUCGUCCUGUGGGUGAUGGCUCCGCACCAAUCCGCCGAAGCGGUGUUCGUGACGCAGUGGAAGAAUUACGGCGGUUGGUCUACGAUGGGACUGAGCGUGAUGGUGGGACAGAUCUCAGCUAUCUACGGCUCUCUGAGCUCCGACGCAACGGCCCACAUGUCCGAAGAGGUCAAAGACGCCGCUCGAUACGUGCCGAUCGCCAUGGCCUGGGGCUACUUUAGUAACGGCCUCAUGGCGAUCGUCAUGAUCAUCACCUAUCUCUUCGCCACGCCGUCGGUCGAAGACUCGUUAAACGACGCCACGGGAUUCCCAUUCCUGUAUGUCUUCCAGAAGGCAACGUCUAUCGCCGGAACCAAUGGACUCACGGCGAUUAUCAUCCUCCCCGUGAUCUUCAGCAACAUCCUCUUCAACGCCUCCACCUCCCGACAGACCUUCGCCUUUGCCCGCGACCAGGGCCUCCCAUUCGCGAAAUGGAUCGGCAAAGUGGAUGCCCAGCGGCAGAUCCCUGUGAAUGCCAUCGCGCUGUCCUGCGUCAUCAGCUGCGCGUUAUCGCUUAUCAAUAUCGGCUCCGAGACUGCGUUCAACGCUAUUAUCUCGCUCAACGUGGCGGCGCUGAUGUACACGUAUAUUACAUCGAUUAGCUGCGUGAUCUACCGCAAGAUCUGGUAUCCUGAUACCCUGCCGCCGCGUCGGUGGGAUAUGGGACGGUGGGGACUGGCGGUUAAUAUUAUUGGGCUGUUUUACUGCUGUUUCGCGUUCUUCUGGUCGUUGUGGCCCGGGGAUGCCGACGUCACUCUGGAGAACUUUAAUUGGAGUGUGGUUAUCUUUGUUGGGGUUUUUAUCGUCAGCCUUGGGAUGUAUGUUGUCAAGGGCCGGAAGGAAUAUGUUGGUCCUUCUGUUAUUGUGCAGAAUCAGGAAUGGUGA